GGCGUGUGUGUUUGUCGCGUGGCGUGUAAACUGCUGGACACAUCCAUUUGGUCCGUUCGCAGCCGUUUAUGCGAAAUUGACAGCGGCAACGGUGGCGACUGAAGGACAAAGGCAACGCCUUCAUUUUCUUGCCUUCACUCGACGUAUCCCGUAACUAUGGUGCGGCGCGCACUUCACUUCGUCUUCAAGGUAGGCGAUCGCAAAGAGACGAUCAAGUUCUUCAAAGACAUUCUGGGCAUGCAAGUGUUGCGGCAUGAAGAGUUCGAAGAAGGCUGUCGCGCUGCUUGUAACGGCCCGUACGACCUGAACUGGAGCAAAACCAUGAUCGGCUAUGGACCCGAAAUUACCCACUUUGUAAUGGAACUUACGUAUAACUACGGCAUUGGCAGCUAUGCCAAGGGAAAUGACUUCGUGGCCGUUGUCAUACGCUCAGACAGUGUGCUUGAGAAUGCUCGGCGCCACUCCUGGCCUGUGGAGAAGUUCGAAGGCAACGAUGCGCUCAUCGCACCCGGCGGAUACAGGUUCGUGAUAAAGCGGCGCGUCAAGCCCGACGACAUGAAGCGCCUGGACCCGGUGGAGGAAGUCGUGCUGGCAUCGUCGAAGAUCGCAAGCACUGUGGCCUAUUGGCACGACCUGCUGGGCAUGACUGUUCACGAGCGCACCGAGAAGACGGCCACUCUGUCUUACGGUGAGGCACAGUGUCGGCUGCGCUUCGUGCUCAGCACGGAGCCCAUUGAUCGGGCCAAGGCAUACGGCCGAGUGGCUUUCGAGUGCCCCGCGUCCGAGUUGCCGGACAUCGAGAAGCGGGCACUGGCGGGUGAUCACAAGGUGCUGACACCGCUCACGCGCCUGGACACGCCCGGCAAGGCCACGGUCAGCGUGGUCAUACUAGCUGACCCUGACGGCCACGAGAUCUGCUUCGUGGACGCCGAGUCAUUCCGGCUUCUGUCGGCCGUCGACCCCGAGGCUGGGCGCCUGCUGCAGAAGGCCAUCGACGAGGACAAAAGCGCCGAGUGGUACAGGGACGUCCAAGGCAGCGAGAAACCUGCCGCUUAAGUCGGGGUCUUUGCCUAUACGGGCAAGGCACGUUCGCCUGCGUUAGUGGACUGCCCCGGAUUCCCAUAGGUUGGUGUAAUAAGGAAGGAAGGAAAAAAUUGUUUCGAUUUCGUACGAAUGUUUCGGCUCAUAACUGUCGUGAUAAAUAUGGCAUUGAGCAUAGCUAUUGAAGCAAUCAUUGUAACGCGAACCACUGGACAGUCGACUGACUCCAAAUGGACAUUGCAUGUUUCUGAACAAACAAAAAAACCCAACUUGACACACAUUUCCAGGAUGGAACGAGGUUCGAACCUGGGCCCUCUGCGUGAGAGCCCAGUAUUCAACCUCUGAGCCAUGCCGGUGCUUGAAACUGCUUUGCAAAAAGGUCCUAUACAGGCUUCAUGUCGGGAAGCAACCACAUUAGCAUAUGCAAUAUAGCGUGGUAGAAGAGUAAAAUAAGCACCAAGCGUCGCACAACGCGAAUUCUGUAACCAGGCGUCAAACAAUGCGAAUUGCGCAAUGGGUAGGUUGUUGAAUGCUUCCAACCCAUUACAAAGGGCUCUGCCAUAAUUCUUCAUCGUCAUCAGACACAGCAUCAACAAAGUGCGCAUAAUGCCUUACAUGCGUUUAGCAGGUACCACGGCUCUCUGUAGAAUGACGAAAAAUGGCACAGUGCCUGCUGCCCUACUUCUCAAAAAUUACAAUGAUUUAUAGCGUAGUGGGUUCCUCGCAAGUGCACUUGUAUUGGUUGCCUAAGAAGCCCAUAAGCGCAUGAUCCAUUUCCUCGGGGUCUCAGUAAAAUUGCAAUGAUUUAUAGCGUAGUGGGUUCCUCGCAAGUGCACUUGUAUUGGUUGCCAAGGAAGCCCAUAAGCGCAUAAUUCAUUUCCUCGGGGUCUCAGUAAAGUUCGCAGAAUGACGAGUAAUGUCGUGGUGGGUGCUUUCCAACUUCACAAAAGUUAUGAUUUGUGGCGUAGUGGGUAUGUUGCUAGUGUAGUUGUAUUAGUAGCCACAAUAGAGUUUAUAACGGGCUCUAGAAAUGCCACUCUUCGAGCUUUCGCUGUGACUGUGCUGCGCUUUCCGCGCAGGCCUGGCGUUUUUUUUUUUUUUAAGCAACGCUGAACACGAAAUUUGCGCGGAAUGCGUUUGAUUUGACUGAUGAAGGUGAAAUCACUAUUUACGCAUGCAUUUAAUCUGUCGUUUGCAAUUAGACAUUAGUAGAACUGUGGGAAUCGUAAGUUACAAAAAAAACUGCUCAAUAGAUGCUCGUUUCAGUGUCGCAUUUGCUGCUGGAGAGAAAUGUAAUACCACAGCAUCGCAUAUUGUUUUGGAGGACUGCCAACAUUAUGAGGUGUGAAUAAAUGUGAACAGCUUCUUAUAUUGGA